AUGCAGGAGCGUCUUCGGACGCUGGAGACCGUAGCCGUUGCCCCGGGCGACAUUUACGUCAAACGAUUGCGCGAAUGGGCGCUGGACUUUAAGAUUGCACACGCUCCCAUAAGAGCCCUGUUGGCUAUUUCUGAGCCGAUUGUGCCCCAACUACCGGCAGACUCCAGAACACUCUUGGGAGCGGCCUAUGAUCUAAAGGUUGCCCCAAUGGGUUGCGGUGAGGAUGUGCACGUCGGCAUAGAAAGGCAACUACGUCGACUUAUAAGUAAGAAUAUAGUAAACCCAGGUUGCGAUAUAGAGCUUCAGUUAGCCAUCGAUGGUCUCCCAGUAUUCAGAAAGGUAAAUACCGAAAUGUGGCCAAUCUUAGGUAGAAUUUCGCGGCCCAUUGUCAGUAACGUUUUUCCAGUUGGCAUUUACUGUGGUGCUGGAAAACCGUCAGAUGUCCGUGCAUUCUGUAAGUUAGUAGUUAGUGAGUUAACAUCAUUAAGCGAGCAAGGGAUCAACAGCAGCGACAGCGUCGGACUGCAGACCCGCGUUCGCGCCAGCUCUGUUAUCUGUGACGCUCCUGCGAGGGCUUUCGUUAAGCAAAUCAAGAACGUGAAUGCGUAUAGUGUGUGCGAACGUUGUACAGUAACGGGUGUUUAUAUGGGAAAAGUAGUGUACCUAGAGAAAGGAGUGAGGGAUAGGACGGAUGAGGACUUCUUGCACUCUGUGGAGGACGAACACAGAGUCGGAGUGUCUCCAUUCCUCUCUUGCAACGUUGGCCUUAUUAACCAAUUUCCUCUAGAUCCCAUGCAUCUAGUUUACUUGGGUGUAGUGAAACGCUUACUUAGUUUGUGGGUUAGAAAUCAUCGUUCAAAGGACAGUGGUCGCACGACGCCUUCGGUACUGAAGGCAGUGCAGGUAAAGGCUAUAGACGAUAGGUUGCGUUCUUUAAACGCUUGCCUUCCAUCAGAGUUUUCACAAAAAGCUAGGUGUUUAAGUGAGUUCGAGUCCUGGAAGGCUACAGAGUUCAGGCAGUUUGCAUUGUAUCUAGGUCUUGUUGUUCUCCCGAGUAUCCUGCCUCUUAAUCAUUAUAAAUUGUAUUUAAUGCUUUUUACUGCCCUCAGAUUGCUUGCCUCUCCUAAUACCUGCUACCGAAACGUAGGUUAUUGUAGGCAGUUGUUAUUACUGUUUACUAGAAGGUUUGCGAGUCUAUACGGUGACGAACACAAGGUUUACAAUGUGCAUAGCCUUAUGCACAUUGCGGACGAUGUUGAGCGUCACGGUCCACUGGACUCAUUUUCGUCAUUCCCUUUUGAAAGCUAUUUAGGCAGAUUGAAGAAUUUGCUUAGAAGCCCAUCACGGCCUUUACAACAGGUAGCUAGGCGUUUAAGCGAGGAGGAGGUAGCUACGCGCGAUACCUCAAAGCCUUCUUCACCUAGAUUCCUGCAUGAGCAUAAUGCAGGACCGAUACCAGCAGGCUAUGAGGGGAGUCAGCAGUAUAAAUGUCUAAUCACAGACAAAUAUCGCAUUGACAUUACCUCAGGCAAUAGGUGCAUAGAAAUUGGCAAUAGAAUAGUAUGUGCUAAAAACAUACUAUGCAAUGCAGGUAGAUGUAUACGUUUAGUCUUUCAUGAAUUUAGCAAUACUUCAGAUUACUUUGACUAUCCAAAAAAUUCCUCACUUAUGAACGUUUAUAAAGCCAGCAUAGAUAACAAGUUAGUCUGCUUACCAUUACCCAAUGACUACAUUAAGUACGUAUGCAUUCCAGAAGAUAACCAGUACGUAUUAAUUGAAAUUAUAUAGAUAAUUAGGGAAGCCACUUACUAUCCUUUUGCCUAUGCAAACAGUGCUCGUGAACCCUACAAACGCACAGGUAUUAUAGCCAGAAUAACCUCACUAGGUAUUGGUUUGCGAGCACUGCAGGGAAGAAGUGGCCAUUACGCUAGCACAUAAUUCACCUUAUUUCCUGUGCGUUUGUAGAUAUACACAUGAGCCAACUACCGUCCCGCCAACUGCCGGCCCGACAAAGGAGGUCUGCGAUUGAUGAGGCGAUCUACCUACUGGAAGGUGAAGGCAUUUCAUCGCCAGUAAGUUAUGGAAAAUAACGCUAUCAUACCUUUCAGGAGCCGCAGGUGGACGCCGAUGAUUCAUUCGACACCGUCCCCCUCGGUGACGACACCUUAACCACAGUGCCGAAAGCUAAUGCGCAGGAAGAUAUCCUGCUGCUCAUGUGCAAACACAUGCGUGCACAGUCAAUGAAACUAGACAUUCUGGUGGAGACUGUUCGCAAAUUACUCGGCCGUCAGCGGCUGUUAGAAUCAAUGAUUCAACAGCAUGCUAAAACCCCGGGACCGGUAGCAUCUCACCUGCCGAGGAACCCACUCGACCACCACUUACGGUCUGCAGCCGAAUUUCGUAAUUUGAAUGUCCAAUUACUGGACAAGAGCUUCCGACAGGAGCUGGUAAGCCACCAUAUUAAUCACACCCUAUUGCGUUAGACUUCCUUCCUUACAUGCCUUGGUGGGCAGAAUAUUGACGAAUUCGUCAAGCGAAUUUUCUUCGCAGUCUUCGACGAUGAGAUCAGCCUUUAUGUCAAUUUCAAAGGCAGAAAAACGAAAGAGAGCCUCUGCGGUUAUAAAUUGUAUGAGGUUAUACUUGGUAGGUGUGCCGUUACUUACAACUAUACAACAUGCAGAAGUCUUCGGAGCGUGGAAUACCGAUUCCACCGUAAAGCUGUCUAACCUUGAGUCAGCACUUACCAAGCGGCUGAAGAGGUCGCUCGACAGUUGUGUCUAGCGGAGGAAUAAGUCACAACUGACGCCCAAUGACAGUGGUAAAUUAAUUGUAGUUGUCCAGUAAUGGAUUUUAAUUUCUAGACAAUAUACCCGAAUCAUCUACUGAUUCCUCGCCUGCGUUACCUAUGUGAACACAGAAGGGGUUCAGCAAACUAUUGUACAUAUUAAUUUAAAUUUUUUGAAUGAACAAAUUACAAUACAACCGUCUCCAGUGUACCUAUGGGUAAUAGAGGGGUAAUAUACAUACAACAAGGAAUGGAUGGGGGUAGAAAAGGGCAUUGGGAUAAGCAAACGAUUCCACGCGUAGCAUAUUACCCCCCCCCUUUUCGCCGAUAGCGAAGUAUCUCGAUUAAUCGAUAUCUAAGAGAUAUCUAUGGUUGCGUCAAAAUAGAUAUCUAAUCGAUAUAUAUAUAUAUAUGUAUAUAUAUAUUAGAAAUGUGUCUGAACUCGUUGCAAGACACCUGAGGAAGCACCAAAUACAAGUGGCUCACAAACCGACUACCACGCUACGCAAUCAGCUUGUACACCCUAAGGAUAGGGUUGGCUAUUUGGAUAAGAAAGAAGUAGUCUAUAAGAUUCCAUGUGGCACUUGUAAUGCAGUGUAUUGUGGUCAAACCGGAAAAUCCGCCUCUACACGCCUACAUGAACACCAAUUGGCAGUGAAGAGGCAGGACCACUUAUCCCAAGUCGCCAUGCAUACUCUUGAAACUGGGCACAAAUUCGCUUGGGAUAAAACACGCAUUGUCGGUUCCUGCCCCUAUAAGAAAGGCCGAGAAUUCCUAGAGGCCAUUCACUCUGAUGAUUCAUGCAUCAAUCGACGCAUCGACCUUGACAACAUGUACACAAGUCUCAAAGAAAAAUGGAAAAGGUAAUAGCCAAUCAAGACGUGACAUCAGCCCACAGCAUUAACCCAUCCUAAGUCAUGACAGAGCAAUAUCGAUUUUUUCGGCAUUGUUUAAAUUUUGACUGUUUCUUCACACUUACUACACGUCUGAAGACGAGCUGGGGAACCAGACUCGAAAAUUUACGAAAUAAAGUUUGUUUAUUUUCCCAAAGGACUCAUUCUUCUUCGAAAUAUAUAUAUAUAUAUAUAUAUAUAGCAGCGAGGAGGGACGACGACGAUAAAUAGAUAUCUAAUAGAUAUCUACUCGAUAUAGUUUGCUACUACGGAUAUCCCUCGAUAAUUAUGUACAGCGCCAGCAUAAACAAAUCGGCCACAACAGCUGGACUGGUGAAUACAGUUCAUUUUUUUAAUAUUAUUCCUCCCCUCUAGAAAACAACCCAGGUUGCUCAACUAGUGAUGUUUCGUCCGUGGCAAAUGACUCCCCUAUGUAUUAAACAUAUUUCAUAUUAUUUUUUAUCAAAUAGACUUUUUUCCUAUUAACACGUCUUCAAAAUAGUUCCUUUUGGUGGGUCUAGUUGCAUCGGUUGCAAUAGCGACGACAAUUAGCCCGUUAAAAGCGCUGUAAAGUGGACAACAGCAGGCAAAGUAAGCCGGGAUGGGAUGACUAAGGCGAACAGACAAUAAUAAAAUUAGAUAUGGGUAUAAGAACAAGUAACCGCAGCAUGCGCAUGCCCUAACGUGUCCCUAUCGCCGAUUUCGGUGUAUCUGGAAAAAUAGAUAUCUAUUAGAUAUCGUCUCGAUAUAGUUUGCUACUAGGGUGCUGCUUAAAUUCAGACACCUCGAGUUGUCUCACUUUACCAUAGAUUCACCUGAAAAAGUGUUCCCUGGAAAUUUUCGGCGUACCCACCAUAAGCAUAGACACUGUCCACAGUUGUGCCUUAGGGAAUAGCUUGCUAUUCCUGCAGAUUUUCACUGCCUACUGAAGAUUUGCGCAGCCACCCGAGAUAGUACGCUGCAUGACGGAAUCGACCUACCGACCAUCGACAUCUCAGUCGCGCAGGCUAACCACAGCCCCGCGGCGAGCGAUGUCGCAAAGUUUACUUGAUAGUAAAUGCGUGCCGCAUACCGAUCGAUUUUGCAGUGGAUGCCAGAUAUUGGCCGGCAAAAUCAACCGCCUUGAGGAAGAGAUGGAAAAGAUGAAAACUCUUCUACAAUGAAGACUAGACACAGGUGACAAUGCGAAUGUACCUGUUGGACGAAUAAUUAGAAGCAGGGCAAAAGGGCGUCGCACAAAAGACACGCCAUCAACGCCUUCUGCAGCUUUCACGGCAGACCCAGCACAAACACACAUAAAAUACAAGACGACAACAACCAGCGAAGCAACGAAAAAAGCCAGGGGAAAAAAAGAAAUCGUGCAGCAAAAAGGUCGAAGGACGUGCACAGCAUAUUCCCAGGAAUACCUCCGAAGAACCGGAACCAGGGACGUCGGCGUCCGUGUCACCCAUCACGGGAAAUGACAUGGGUCCUAAAACCCUCAACCGAUCGCAAAAAACUUCCGACUUUGAUAAAAAUGCAAACGAAACAGAGACGAAUGAGGAUCUUAAUCGACUGCAGCUUAUAUCCUCGUCAGAUCAUGGCAACCACAUAUUGCCUUUGUCGGGGCACGAAACCACUGUGUUCUCCAGAGUGUCGCCGGUCAGAGGGCAUUGUCUGAUUAUUCAGAGACUUCCCGAAUCCACAGCUAGUGCCUCCAAAGAGCGGGUCUCGGCUGACCUGCAACUCUUCCAAUGCCUACUCAACGAACUUCUGCGCCCCAAUGAGGAAGUUUCGGUUCUCAGGGCCUUUAGACUUGGAAAGCGCUCAAUCGACAUAUCAGAGCAUUCACGUCCCCGACCACUCAAGAUUGUGUUAGCCAACCAAAGACAAGUAGGACUUAUUCUCUCACGACGAUUCCGAAUCAAAGACACCAACCGCGGCGUUUUUUUCAGCCGGACUACACACCGUCAGAGAUGACAAAGCGUCGACAAUUAGUUCUGGAACUGAGAACAAGGUUGCAGAAUGGCGAGACGGAUAUCGUGAUCUACAACAACCAGAUAGUGCAGCGCCCUCCCCUAAUCCGUUGGACCGAACCGAUCCGGAUGAGGGCACAAUAGCUUCCUUAAAUAGGAUCUCAAGCGGCACCAUAAUUAAACGCCCCAAAGCUCUGAAACUAACAUUUUUUGCACCAACUUGCAAAGUAUAUUGCCCAAGUUAGACGAACUGAAGAUCCACAUCUGUGACCUUUCCCCUGACGUUGUCUCUUUGACAGAAACCUGACUGUCUGAAAACGUGGAUGACCGCGAAUUAAUGCUACCAGGAUUUCAGUUGUUUCGAAGAGACAGGAGAGAGCGUCAGGGAGAAGGAGUCGUCACGUACGUAAAACACGGCCUGCUUGUGUCAGAAAAAACAGAACAGUUUGCAUGCAGCACCGAGACUAUCUGGCUCACUAUAAGGGUACCAGGAUCACAUAGCCUUGAAGUUCUGACCGUCUAUCGACCACCGAGGAGUGACCCCGAGGCUGACGCUCGUCUGCUAGAGGAGCUAGGAAGAUUUGCUCUCCGGCCUGACGUCCUGAUCAUGGGCGACUUCAAUGCACCGCUCAUUGACUGGAGUUCACUAUAAGCGCGCGGCCCAGAACUAGCUUUCGACCGACGCUUCUUGGACAUGGCACUCAGGUCAUUUCUCACACAGCACGUCCUAUUUCCCACAAGGGUCCGUGAGGGGCAGCAGUCAAACUGCUUGGACCUGGUGCCCACGAAAUCGAUGGACAGCAUAGAUGAGGUACAAUGUCUGCCUCCCUUAGGUCGAAGCGAUCACGUUGUACUUCAAUGGGACUAUUCAAUCUUUUCCGUGCCUGAACAGCCCACCAAAAUUAGAAGAAAUAUUUGGCGUGGGGACUUCGAUCAAAUGAAGGCCGAAAUCAACAAUACGGACUGGGAAUCAGCGUUUUCCGGAAAUAUAGCGGAGGAGUGGAAAUGGUUCAGUUAAUUAUUGCAUGUUCUCCUGACAAACCACUGCCCGCUUUCACGGAAGGGGCUAAACAAUCGACCCCGGUGGCUGACCCAGGCGUUAAAAAAGGAAAUAAAUAAAAAGCGGAGAUUGUGGCAGAAAUCUCUUACUGAUGGGACUCCUGUAUACAUAAACGCAUACAAAACACAGAGGAACCUAGUCAAGCGACUCACCCUAAGGACACGGCAAAAUUUUGAAAAAGACCUAUUGAGUCGUGCUAUGGAAAAUCCAAAAUUAUUCUACAGCUAUAUAAGAAGCAGCACACGAAACAGAGAUCCAAUCCCCCUUCUGAAGACAAGCGGAGACGUAGAGAUUAGUGGGGACGGAGAAAAAGCUGAGCAAUUUUUACAUUUUUUCAAAUUCAUCUUUACCAGUGAAAAUGCAUUUACUCCUCCUGACUACGACUUCGAUGAGGGUCCAAAAAUUGAGUCUGUAUCUUUUGAUGAAGCGACGGUUCGCAAAGAGCUAAGGACGCUAAAUGAGUCGAAAUCACCAGGUCCAGACGACAUGCCGCCUAAGUUACUGAAGGAGCUCGCUGCCGAACUAGCCAAACCAUUGUCCAUGCUUUUCCAAGCCUCGUUCGGAGCCGGCUGCUUGCCCGCCGACUGGAAAUCUGCGCGGAUCACACCACUGCAUAAAGGAGGCAGCAAGGCCUCUGCAAACAAUUAUAGGCCAAUUAGCCUCACCUCCAUCUGCUGCAAACUCAUGGAGAAAAUAAUCAAGCGAGGGCUGAUGCGCUUCCUAGAGCAGCAUAAUUUAUUAUCUGAUGCGCAGCAUGGGUUCCGUAGUGGCAGGUCUUCUGUGACUAACUUGCUCAACUGUUUGGAACGUUGGACUCGGUCAGUUGAUGAAGGCAAUGCGCUGCAUGUAGUCUAUAUCGACUUUAAAAAGGCAUUUGAUAGUGUCCCACAUCAGCGACUCCUGCACAAACUGAGCCGAACAGGCGUUAGGGGUAACCUCUUAAAAUGGAUUCAAAGCUUCCUAUAAGACCGUUGUCAAACUGUCUAUAUCGGUGGCCAGCAGUCGACGGAGGUUGCCGUUGAAAGCGGUGUUCCCCAAGGCUCAGUUCUUGGUCCUACUUUGUUCAUUAUUUACGUCAACGAUUGCGUGAGUGAACUGCAUUGUGGUGUCGCCAUGUUUGCGGAUGACAUUAAGCUCUGGAGCGUCAUUCGAACUGCAGAUGACGAAGAGCAUUUGCUGGCGAACCUGAACCGACUCCACCAGUGGUCAAAGGCCUGGCUUCUGCCGUUCAACGAGAAAAAGUGUAAUAUUCUACGAGUCGGCAGAGCUCGCUCUCCGAACCAUAUGGCCUACUGCCUAAAUGGUAUACCACUGCAAGAAGUGGACUCGCAGAAGGACUUGGGGGUAUGGAUUACGACCUCGCUCAAACCCUCGCUGCACUGA